CAAGAACCCACUUAGCAUCCACUUGCUAUUUAGCCAUCAGUGCUUUUGUUCUUGCUUUCCUGCUAUUACGCAGCAUUGUUCCCCCUUUAUCUGUACAAUAAAGCUCACUCGUGAUCUCCUCGUGCUUGUUUGUUACAUGGUCGAAAAUCGGAGAUCGGCUUCGGUUGUCCGACUUCGGACAUUGAGGAAGUCGGACACCAUUAGCCGACCCCCGAAGCCGCUCAACAACAGCUGACCAUGGAGGUCGACCAACGGAAGGUCGACCUACCACCAACAAAAGAGGUCGAACAACCGACCCCGACCGGAACAGAAAAGCCGACAACAGAAAUCGGCCACGUCCAACCGACCACACAGGCCGGAAGGACUUCGCCGACCUCGAAGGUCGGUCAACAGAUGCCGACCACAGAGGUCGGAGAAAAGGAAGUCGGCAACAAGCAACCGACCAGCCUGGAACGGCAACCAACCGACACAAAGUCGGAUGCGGCCGUCCAAUUGACGAAACUAUCGACUGGAACGGAAGAUUCCGAGACGAAAUUCUUACCAUUAAGCAACGAUUCACUGAUUGUGACGGCAUCGCGGGAUGGUGGAGUGUGCCUGGCGGAAUUGUCGAUGGCCGGCGGACGACCGAAAAUCCGGCAUUUAUGCCGACAUCACGGCGCCUGCCAUAAGAUUGAUGUGCGAGCCGAUGCGCAUUAUCAUAUUCUGGCCAGCGGCGAGGACGCCGUGGUCAACUACAUCGACGUGCGGGAAGCCAAGGCCCGUAAAUGCGUCGUGGUGCGCGAUUCCAAGAGCUCCAAAGUGCCGCUGUACUCCAUCAUGUCCAACCCGCUCAACGCCCACGAAUUCGUCGUGUCCGGCUACGGGAAAUACGUUCGCGCGUAUGAUAUGCGGAAACUGGACACGGAUCCGUCCAAAUGCCAGCCGCUACUCAGCCUGUGCCCGCCGCUGCUGCAGCCCAAAAGCAACGCAGUCAGCGUCUCUUCGGCGGUCUACAACUACAACGGAUCCGAAAUCCUGGCCACCUACAACGACUUCCACAUUUUCCUGUUUAAGAACUGCGCGGACGAAACGGUAGCCGCGGUGGACCUGCAGCACUACGAGGGCCACCGCAACAACCAGACCGUCAAGGGCGUCAACUUCUACGGCGCCAAGAGCGAGUACGUCGUCAGCGGCAGCGACUGCGGCCGCGUCUUCUUCUGGGACAAGGUGACGGCGCGGAUCAUCCACUGUUUGAUGGCCGAUGAGAUCGGCGCGGUGAACGUUCUGGAGCCGCAUCCCCGGGAUCCGAGCAUACGGCCAAGAUUUGGGCGCCCCUCAACGAUGGGCCGGCGAAUUUGGAGGAGCUCAUUCCGAUAAUUGAUAAGAACAGCAACGAGCGGAAACGCGAUGCCCGUGAAAUGGGCAAUCAUUCGGCCCGCGAAGAGCGCUUCUUCAUGAUGCUGAUGAACCAUAUUGCCCGCCGCGCCAACCGGGCCAACCGUUUGUGAAAAAUGUGAAAAUGAUCGCUGAUGUGAAAAUCGAUCGCUGAUGAUCGCUGUUUGUGAAAAAUCAUAGAAAAUUGUAAAUCCUUAUUUUGUUGUCGGGAAGGGGAUCUGCUGUACUGUACAGAUGCGGAGGCGGGAAUUUAUUUACUGACUAUAAUUGCGUUGAGGGCCGGAUUGUGAAGGCGUUGUAGAAUUUACUGAUGUACGAAUUCCCCGAAAUGUGUAUAAUAAUUUUCAGAGAGAAAAUAAAUGG